AUGCCAUCGCUAGGCUUGACCAUUCUACGGAUCUUAGCACUUACUCCCGCAUUGACUCAAGCUCAAGCUCAAGCCCAGUCUCAUUCUCAUGCUCACGACCCCGGCAAUGCUGUCCCUACUCUGAACGAGUCCUCCACGACAGUUUCGACCUGCGACGCCCGAACCAUCAACUACAUCAUCCACACCCUGCCUCAAUCUUGUCUUACGAGCUCUUGGACAAGCACAACUGCGAGCGCGACCCCCUCGGCGCCCAAUUCGACAGCAGACGCCUCCUCUAACACGACACAAAGCGAUGCGCCACCCCACAACGCACAUAGCGAGUCCCAAUCCCAACAACCAGCGUCCACCGCUACCGCCCAAGAUGAAUCACAAGAUGCAGCUGGAGAUGGAGCUGCGAAACACUUCAUGUCCUUUGAGGACUGGAAGGUAAUGAUGCUACGAAAGACAGGGCAGGACCCUAAACAUCUCAAUGCCCGAAACGCAAAACCUCGGGACAGGACACCCCCAGACAUGGGACACGCUGGCCUUGGAGAGGAAGAGGAAAUAUCCCUGAACUUUGACAGUUAUUUGGAUAACACCGGAGGAUCAAAAGACCACCCAUCAGACGUUGACAAGGCUUACACAGAUGGAUCAGGCAAGGCAGUCGUUUAUGAGGACGGUCAAGCAUCCAUCUACAGAAGCAAAGAUGCUGGCAAGACGUGCAAGGAACGUUUCAACUACGCUUCGUUCGACGCCGGCGCCACCAUUCUCAAAGCAAGCCCCGGUGCCCAGAAAGCAAAAAGCAUUCUAGUCGAGAACAAAGAUUCUUACAUGCUCUUCGAGUGCCGCGCCAAAAGCAAGUUCUUCAUCGUCGAAUUGAGUGACGACGUCCUCAUCGAUACUGUCGUCCUUGCCAAUUUCGAGUUCUUCUCCAGCAUGGUCCGUCGCUUUACUGUUAGUGUUAGUGACCAUUAUCCAGUUAAGAUCGACAAAUGGAAAGAAAUUGGCACUUUUGAGGCACGAAAUACGCGAGAUCUCCAACCCUUCUUGGUUGAGAACCCGCAAAUCUACUCAAAGUACGUUCGCAUCGAAUUCCUCAACUUUUCCGGAAAGGAGUUCUGGUGCCCAGUCUCGUUACUUCGAAUCCAUGGAUCGCGCAUGAUUGAACCGUAUCACGAAUGGAACGCCGACCCAGCCCGCGACGAAGACUCGAACCCUGAUGAGGAGGUUGAAGAACCACUUCCGGAAUUGCCCUCAGGAGAAGAGUCCCCCAAGCCACGGCAGAUAGAAAAGCCCCCUGAACCUGCCAAGCCGGUAUUCAUAGAGGAGAUGCCAUACUGCAAAGUCAAUGCCACGUCACAGGUCCUCUUCGUGCCAUUGUUCUGUCCCGUGUCACUCGAUGAAUCACGCACGACAUCAAACCACAAGAGUUCGGUAGACGUUACCAGCGCUGCCUCCAUGCCCAACUCUCAAGAUGAGAGAGAGCUGAAGGGUACUGCAACACCACAUAUCUCCAGAUUUGAACACUCAGCAAGUGAAGAGCUUACAUCCUCAUUAUCCUCUACAACCAUUUCCCCAAGCGCAAAACCGGCCAUAUCACCGACAAGCCCGUCCACCGUGUCAUCUUCAAAUACCGAACCAACCUCGAAACCAGCAUCCCAGGUACCAAGCUCCAAGACAACAGCCACGCCAUCUUCUUCAACGGCAGCAUCUACCGCGAAAUCUUCACCCGCCAAUCCGAAACCUUCUCCUGCCAAUUCAAAACCCUCUCCUGCCAAUACUGCUAAUGCCAAGAAGGGCAGCACAGGAACAACCUCUGGAUCACCCGCCCCGCCUCCCGUGCAGGAAGGCUUUUUCAAAUCUGUAUCCAAGCGUCUGAUACAAGUCGAGACCAACCUUACCCUCUCUUUGAAAUACGUCGAAGAGCAAGCCCGCCAUAUGUCUGAGACUUUGUACCGUGCAGAGCAGAAGCAAAUUUCAAAGGCAACACUGUUCCUCGAGAAUCUCAACCAAACCGUUCUAGCCGAGCUACGCUCCGUUCGUGAACAGUACGACCAGAUAUGGCAGUCGACAGUCAUUGCCCUUGAAAGCCAACGUGACCAGUCUAACCGCGAGAUCUUUGCUCUCAGCACUCGUCUCAACCUCCUCGCCGACGAGGUAGUCUUUCAGAAACGAAUGGCCAUAGUACAAGCCGUGCUGCUUCUGUCGUGUCUCCUCCUCGUCAUAUUCUCCCGCAGCGGAUCCCUUCCUUACCUGGCACCUUUCAUCGACCAGGCUGGUCUGGCUCCUUACGAUGCUGGAUCGCCUGCCUCUCGCGUUCGAGCAAUGUAUGGGGGUGUUUACGACGCACAUGGGGGUGCAGAUCGCCAAAGAGUUGGAUAUAUGCCUGUGUCCGCAGAAGCGGGAGAUGAAAGCUCAACUGAGCUGCAUCAUCGCGCUUCUUUCAUCGACGACUUGCACAAUGAGCGAGUUGAACGUGAACAGCUUUCGCCACCACCGACACCAAGAUCUGACGGCUAUGCCUCAUCGUCAGAUCUUUCACCACCUCAUGAAACCCAGCCGAUCACAUUACGUCGCUUACCAGCGAUGCAUGCAGGUAAUUCACGUAAACCAUUACCAGCGUUGCCUGAGAAUCCAUCGUCGCCGUGA